AGGGGCGAGAAGGGGAGAGAAAUUCGUAUCAAGAAACAACGCAACGUAUACAUAUAGCAGCGCCAGAAGACGAGUCCCAUCCCAGGACUUCUUCUUCAACGCUCGCUAGCGACCCAAACAUGGAAGAUGAUCAAGAAUCGACCCCAAGUAAAACUCCAAAUCCUAACCCUAAUUCUAACCCCAACCCUAGUCCUAAUCGGAGCAGAGCAGGAGGAUCCACGGGAAAGUCAUGCAAGGGAUGCCUCUACUACUCUUCUCUUCAGAAAGCCAAAUCCAACAACCCCACUUGCAUUGGCUUCUCUACAACUCUUCAAAAAGUACCUGGCUACAUUGUGGGAGAAACUGAAUUCGAAGCUUCUAAAGAAGGCCGCAGCUUUACGGAUUUUAAGUACGCUUGUGUAGGUUACUCAGUGUUCUUGGAUAAUAAAGAUUCUUCUUCAAAUGACCCACAGAGCAAACAAGCGGAAUUGCCAUUUUGUGUUGGUCUUGAGGUAUUGUUGGAUAAAAGGCCUGAAGGUCACACAGCUCCAACCCAUGCUCCCGCUCAUGCUUCCACUCAUGCUCAUAAAAGUGAAGAAAAUGUUCAUCCUCAUCCUAUCCCUCAGCCUCGGACCUACAAACCAAUGCAUACAGCAGGAGAUGAAUACUUAAACAGGUUUAAGAGGAAUGCAAUCUUAGUAGCAUCAGGUGUCGCUAGGAAUGUCAAUAGGGUGUGCAACCAUGUAAAAGAGAGCUUGGAUGACAUUCUAUACCCUUACCGGAGACGACCCAAGUAAGCGGUGCUGAUUGCAAUUACAGUGUAAGAUGGAAGAGGGUAAAAAAGAAGCAAAAGCCCUUUUCCAGAUCUGGCAUGUUCCAGUUACUUCUGAGUUUUUUUUCACUGAAUAUGCUCCUGCUUCUCUCUCUUCCUGUAUUAUGAAAUAAUUGCUUCAAAAGGGGCAGGGCUCUUUUCUGCUGGAUAUUGUGAUAAAGUGAUAUAAUGACAAAUUAAUCUUACAUUUUAUUUA